GUCAGCCCAGCUCCACAGGAAGGUGCAAGUGAACUUUGACACUGGCUGCAGCCUCCAAACAGAUUUUAGGUUUAUUCUGCACAUUUUGACCUCAGUUGUGACUUUGUUUCCUGCAGUUUGCUCAGUGAAACAGCAGAGAUGGAUGAGGAUAAUCUGGCGGUGGUGUUGCACGCUCAGAAGGACCUCAGACUGGAGCAACGUCCAGUGCCAGAGCCAGGGCCUAAUGACGUGUUGCUGCGGAUGCACUCAGUGGGAAUCUGCGGCUCGGAUGUUCACUAUUGGCAGAACGGGCGCAUCGGAGACUUUGUGCUCAGAAAGCCGAUGGUUUUGGGCCACGAAGCCGCUGGGACUGUGGUCAAACUUGGAUCUGCUGUGAAACAUCUUCAGAUAGGCGAUAGAGUUGCCAUCGAGCCCGGCGUGCCUCGAGACGUGGAUGAAUUCUUCAAAAACGGCCGCUAUAACCUCUCCCCGUCCAUCUUCUUCUGCGCAACACCUCCUGAUGACGGAAACCUGUCCCGAUACUACACUCACAAUGCCAACUUUUGCUACAAGUUGCCAGAUAACUUGACAUUUGAAGAGGGAGCGCUGAUUGAACCUCUUUCAGUCGGGAUCCACGCCUGCCGCAGAGCAGGGGUCACACUGGGCAGCGUCGUCCUCGUCUGUGGUGCAGGAACUAUUGGAUUGGUCAGUCUGCUCGUAGCCAAAGCAAUGGGGGCCUCAAAAGUUGUCAUCACUGAUCUUUCUCAGGAACGUUUGUCAUUGGCCAAACAACUCGGUGCUGAUUUUAUAUUGACUAUAACCAAAGAGGAUUCACCGCAGACUCUCGCUAAAAGUGUGUCAGACUUGUUAGGAACACCCCCUGGUAUGACCAUCGAAUGCACCGGAGUGGAGAGCAGCAUCCAAACCGCCAUCUAUGCCACUCAGUCUGGAGGUGUGGUGGUGCUCGUGGGACUCGGUAAAGAGAUGGCCACUAUUCCUCUGGUCAACGCUGCUGUAAGAGAAGUCGACAUUAGAGGCGUGUUUCGCUAUUGCAACACUUGGCCCAUGGCGAUAGCUAUGCUCUCAUCAGGGAAACUGAAUGUGAAGCCUCUAGUGACGCACCGUUUCCCUCUGGAGCAAGCGCUGCAGGCCUUUGAGACGACCAAACAGGGCAGUGGGAUUAAGGUCAUGUUAAAAUGUGACAAAAACGACCAGAACCCUUGACCUCAUCAUUAGAGAUUAACUUAUAGACCAAAACUUUAGAAACCGAACUUUGAACCUGAGCUAAGAUAACAACACAAUGAGGAAAGAUCAGUAUCAACACUUUGGAGGUUAAUAUUAUAGUUUUAUAAUUGUGUUUACAUUACAUCUACUUUAAACUUUUACUUCACUACAUUUGAGAGCAGUAUCUGUACUUUCUACUCUGCUGCAUUUUUGAACAGGACCGAAAAGUAAAAGUAUUUUUUUGUGAUUGUUGGAGACCUGCUGAAAAGGCUCAGAGUUUAUUUUUAACAUGUUCAAAGUUUGAGUAAAAAUAUACAAAUUAAAACAGCCAAAAAACGGUUCAAUUGUUUCUGUUGAGCAACAUUCAGCACAAAUCUGCACCAAAAUCAGUACAUUUGAAGCUUUAUUAGACCUGAAAAACUGCUGAAAAUACUUUUGCUUUGUACUCUUUUAAGUGCAUUUUUAAACAGGUACUUUAAUACUUUUACUUAAGUAGAUUUUUUCAUGCGAUACUUUUACUAUUUUAUUUUUUGCCCUGGCAUCUGUACUUUAACAAAUAACAAAAUAAUAGCAAAAUUGAGCACUUAUGCAACCACUGCAUCAUAGCCAUUGAUUUUUACCUUUAAAUUAAUAAAAUGCCAUUAAUAAAUUA